UCCCUCUCUCUCCCCUUUCCUUUCUCCAAGUACGCCGAGGCUUGUGACCCUCUAAAUCUCAUCCAUCAGUGGCUGCUUCGCCUUUGAUCGAUCUGCGUCUUUCUAACCUCAGAGCUUCAGAUUCACCAAAAUCAUGGCUUUCUUCCUUAGCAGAACCAACAUCGGUUCCCGCCUGCACUCUCACUUCCAGGGCACGCAAAACGAUGCGCUUUCCCUCUCCCGUCGCCAAUUCCACAUCGAACCAGGGCCGCGCGAGCAAGCUCUCUUGGCUGAAGAUCCUUCUCUAAGGAAAUACAAAUCGCACAAGAAAACUGUGAGGCGACUUAAGAGAGUUGGAGACGUCCUCACUAUAGUUGUUGUCGCAGGCUGUUGCUACGAAAUAUAUGUUAAAACACUAUUGCGAGAAGAGGCGUGGAAGGCUAAGGCUGCAGGUGAAGGAGCAUCGUAAAGUGUCCAUCUAUUUGGCAUUUUUUUCCCCCCUUUUCUGGCAACAACGUUAGAAAUACGCUUACUUUUGAAUAAGAAUAAAAACGGGAAAUGAUUCCUUUCAGUUGCGUUUAAGUUUUGCUGGCUGGUCUGUUUCUUAAUAAAACCUGUUGCAAUGGAGGUUUUUAAUAGCUGCAAUGAAUAUGUUGUGUUCUUUCAAAGUGAAUGUUGUGCAGAAAUUGAACCCGUGUGCAAGCUUGAACCUUGAGCUUUGAGCCUCAACCAGAAAAUGAGACUUACAUU